UGGCCGAGGGCCCGUCACGUGCUCCUCCUCCGAGUUUCCCCCGACAGCUGAGCCGCAGCAGCAGCAGCUAAAUGCGUCUGUUCGCCUGCAUCAUCGCAGCGUUUCCACUCGGAACUGUCACAACUUCCACAACAUGGGCGACAAGAAGAGUCCCACCAGGCCGAAGCGGCAGUCCAAGCCCUCCGCAGACGACGCGUACUGGGACUGUAGCGUGUGCACGUUCAGGAACAGCGCUGAGGCGUUCAAGUGCAUGAUGUGUGAUGUCAGGAAGGGCACGUCAACACGAAAACCACGGCCAGUUUCUCAGCUGGUUGCACAGCAAGCAAAUCAACAGUUUGCACCACCCACACUGCCAAAAAAGGACAAGAAAGAGAAAUCAGAGAAAGACAAGAGCGAUAAAGAACCAACACUGAAAAAGAAAAGCAAUAAAAAGAUCAGGCCAAGGUUAAAAAACAUAGACAGGAGCAGCGCUCAGCAUUUAGAGGUCACAGUUGGAGAUCUGACUGUAAUAAUCACAGACUUUAAGGAGAAAGCCAAACCCACACCCACUUCUACAAAUGCUGCCUCCGCAGAACAACACAGUCAAAGUGGCUCAAGCUCUGAUAACACUGAACAAGGUGUCUCCAGGUGCUCCUCACCCCGGGGAGAAGGCUCGUUGGUCAACGGAGAGACUCACUAACCUUCACACUCCCAUUCAGCACAAGUGAUUCUUCUGCACUCUCAACAGCCUCAACCAGAGAUUAAACUUCAUGCACAUCUUUUUUUAGAAUACUUUAAAAGCCAGUACGAUAGCAUUUACUUCCAUCUGAGGUUGUAUUUUUCACGGCCCUCCCAUAAGGAUUCAGGAUAUCAGAACUGUAAUAGAAAGAAGUAAUGGAUGUUGGUGGAGCUGUAGCACAUGAUGUGGUCUGGGGACUUUUCCUCUCCCACCUCACAGUUAUGUUAGCAUCACACUCGGGCCUUGUUCAGACUUGGUUAUAUCUUUCGUUACAGGUGAUCUGAUCACAACUGGACAGCUCAAUGUACAGUUGUGAAUGCGGUUAGACCACAUUCCUUUAGCAGUGUGAAUGUAAAUGUCUCCUGAGCCAUGUUGACGGACCACCUACUCAGCUUGCGUCCUCUGACCCGCUACAGCUUCAUAACGAAUUGAAAGAAUUUUUGCACUUUUCAAGCUGUUUAUAAACAAACUCCCCGAAAUGUCUAGAAAAUUUGGUCAAGAUAUUAACCGGGGUUUCCCUUUUGCAUAUGAAGAAUGCAGCAGGAGAUAAUCUGGGUCAAAUGCGUUCACAACAACAUGGGCAUUUCGGGAACAUUCAGGUGGGGGUGGCACCUUGGAAGAGCCUGCAGGGGGCAGGACAUGACAUAUAUAUUCUGCUGCAAAAAGCUCAGUGAUCUUGUUUAUAGCAAAUCGACACCAGCGUUGGCCUUUACAACCAAAAGCUCUCAAAUCUCAUUCCUUGUCCAAGUUGACAUCUUUGUCAGCAUCUUCUUAUUCUUUUGCAUCCUCAGGUUUUUGUAUUCUUCCAGUUUUGUUCUGUUACGUGUUAGAAAUGUCAUCAACAUGCCCAAAUGCUCGCUGUGAACUUUUCCCUGCUGUAUUUUCACAUGAGCUCACUCUGAUAUUCUACUGGGGGGCUGGCAGGAAAAGUUCCAGAAAAUGUCUAGAGCAACUUACUGGGACAUUUAUGUUUCUCCCAGCCCCUCUGGAAGAUUUCAGGAAAUUGUCUCGUUCAUGUCUGAAAACAGGCUCUCACUAACACAUGAACAACAGACACAUCUGUUUAGUCAGAGUAGGUGGAAACAACAUGAUUUGGUCUUUAAAAUUAGAAAUGAAAUGUGUUUCUAUUUGCAUAUAGAGCAGGUAGGUGAGAUCUUAUCGAAAGACGUCUCUGGAGACACAUGAAGAUGCAUUCUAUAGUCAGGUAUGAACUGACGUCCUCAGAGCUGUCCACUUGUGAUCAUAUCUCUGAGAUGCAAGUUAAUUCCAAAUCUGAACAGGUUCUUGGUUUGUCAUAGCUGAUGAGAAUAAAUGAUGCAUUGUGAAAGAAAAUGUGAAGAAGUCCUCGGAGAAUUGUAGUUUAUCCUUAUAUUUUGUUAUUAAUUGCACUUAAUGGCAUCCUGUGUUCAUGAUAACACGUCUUAGCAUUAUUUCCACUUUGCCAUUAACAGUAAAUCAUAACACUGUUGGUUACUGGCCUUAUCCAGCUCUCAUUUUAUGACAUUGGAUGCAAUAAUUGUUUCACUGUCCAACAUUUGAGUAAAGAUAUUGGAACAGUUGUUCUAAGUAUGCUUCUCUUUCACUUUGUUGAGUUGAGCAUGAUGUAAUCUAUAGAAUGAUUUAUAUUGUACAAUAAUGUCGAAUAAAAUAAGCUGUAGAUA